AUGGCCAAUAAUAUUUCAGAAUCUUUGAAAGGUAAAAAGCGCGCGCGAGAGACAGAUACCGAAGCCGAAGCCAGCGAUUUCGAUCAGAUUUUAUCGCUAGAGGAAAAUCUUACAUUUAGUGACACAUUGGUGGCGCUUCGCAUAAUGAGAGCUCAGUUUCCACAGAGUGACAAGGUAGCAGUUCAGCCUUUCAUUUUGCGAUCACAGUUGUAUAGCAGUGUAGAGGAUAGAACCCAAGUGGAUAGGGAUCUAGAGAAUCUAAGAAGGGAGAAAGUGCUGCGCAUUUUCAAGUUAAAUACUGGGCAAGAUGAUCAUGCAAUAAUGUUUUUUGAUGACUAUCUAUGCCAGAUGGAACGAGUUGUGAAAAGAUUGGAAGAAAAGAAGGACAGUGAUAUUCUUGAAGUUUUUAAGUGGUUUAAAUCACACGUCCUUGAUAACAAGCUCGAACCUAGUAUUGAACAUCAAGAACUUUGUACACUAUUAGCUCUUGGAGGAAAGGUGAAGGAUGAACACAUCUCCCUUUUAAUCAAUUCUGGCCUCCUUACUCGGCAACUUAUUGACUCAAACAUUUAUUGGUUCGCAAUUCCAAAUAUCGGUUCAGUACUUAAAGGCCUCUCUCAGGGAAGAAAGGAAGUUCUUUCUCUUCUAAACCGCAGGAGAUACAAAGAAAUGAUGCUAGCACCUCUAGAGAAGAAGCUUCUUCGAUAUUCCCCACUUGAUAUGAGAUUUCAUCUUCGUGAUCUGAUAGGCUCAGGUCAUCUCAAAACUGCCAAGACACCAACAGGCUUAGUUGUUCGAGUCUCAAAAGAUUGA